AUGACAAAAAAAGGCUUGACGGGAGCCUCAUCACCGUCAGAGACCUAUGAUAAUAGUGCGCCUGUCGGAGGUCGUUUCGUGUGUUCAAUGUGUGCCAAAGUCUAUCGAUCUGGUGCUGGACUACGUUAUCACAAGAAGAAACGACAUCGAGGCGUGGUCGAACCAACAGCGCUUCAUCGAGUCAAGUGUCAAGAACCUGGAUGUACAUAUCAAAUGUUAGCUAUUUCUGAUCUUCGAAAUCAUCUAUCGAAUCAUCAUCAAAAACCAGAAUAUAAGUGUACAGAAGAAAAGAAAUUCACCAGUCAUGCAGAUUUUACUGACUGGAAAUCAUCGUUUGAAAGUCUAACUGGUUCGAAGUAUGUGAAAAACUGUGGUGCGAAGGGCAAAUCAGACAACCAAACCACAGAAUAUUAUUACUGUAAUCGUACAGGACCAUUUAGUCAGGGUUUACGCCGAAAUAAAGCUCAGGGUUCAUUACGCGGUGGUAUACAUUGUACAUCAUCAAUGAAAGUUGAAAUACAGAAUGACGAACAUAUUACUGUACAAUAUUAUCCUGCUCAUUAUGGGCAUUCAAACUUAUCGGGAUCAGAUGAUUUCCAUUUGUCUGAGAAUAGUAUGACCAUGGGAGGUGUGAAUGGCAAUUCAUCGUCUAUGAUUAGCAAUGGCCACCAGCAGCAACAAGAACAUGCACAACAUGCUUCCAAUCACUAUUCGUCACAAGGUGGUGAUUGUUCAUCGUCUUCAUCACCUGGUUCGGCAUCAACAAGUCCAUCAGGCGGUUCAAAUUCGAAUUCAAAUUAUCCACUGUCAUCGUCAAUAAUGCAACCUACGGAUCGUCAGUCUGUAACUACAUCGAAUAUAUCGAUGAAAAACAAUAAUAUGACUAAUACUAACAUUUCUCAUAAUCCUAUUUCGUUACAAAACCAAAUGUCGCAUUGUAUCAUAAUAUCACCCUCAUUUGUACUUGAAGAAACAUUACCGUCACAUUCCACUCAACAUUCAGCACCGGUGCUUGCUAUUCAACAACAGCCGCAACAACAACAACCACCACAACAACAAACCAAUCAACAUCUAUCAACAACUACCAAUGCUACUUCCACAACAAAUUUACUAGCCAAAAAGGACAAAUGUGUAUCGGAUAUAAUGCACGAAGCUUUUCAAAUUCUUUCCUAUUGGCCAUUGGAUCAUCAUCACGGCCUUGUGACUGUCGAGAAUGAAUAUCAAAUACCUCAUUCUCAUGUUAAUAUGGACGAACAUCUUAUGUUCUAA